CUGAGAUGAUGAGGGCACUGGGGUAUCCCCGACUCAUAUCUAUGCAGAAUUUCCAUACCCCAAACUUCAUGCUUGUUUCAGAAGUGCUGCUGUGGCUAGUGAAAAGAUAUGAACCUCAGACUGAUAUUCCUCCUGAUGUGGAGACAGAACAGGACCGGGUUUUCUUCAUUAAGGCAGUGGCUCAGUUUAUGGCUACCAAAGCUCACAUAAAGCUCAACACUAAGAAGCUUUACCAGGCAGAUGGCUAUGCGGUGAAGGAACUGCUAAAGGUCACCUCUGUGCUUUAUGGCGCUAUGAAUACCAAAGGAGUGGAACGUGCUGAUGUGAGUGAGGAAGACAGCAGCAAGUUCAAGUUUGAUCUUGGCUCAAAAAUCGCUGACUUGAAGGCAGCUAGACAGCUUGCUUCCGAAAUCACCUCCAAAGGCGCAAAUCUGUAUGACUUACUUGGCAAAGAAGUUGAAUUAAGGGAAGCAAGAACAGAAUCUAUUGCCAGACCUUUGGAGAUAAAUGAGGCUGAGAAGAUGAUGAAAAUUGCCAUUGACUGUGUUCUGGAACAAGUCCAAAAGACUAAAGACAUGUUGAAUAAUGUGGCUUUGGAUGAAGCCAAUUUGGAAGCCAAGAUUGAAAAACGAAAAUUGGAACUGGAAAGAAGCCAGAAGAGGCUACAGACUCUACAAAGUGUUCGUCCUGCUUUUAUGGAUGAGUAUGAGAAGAUUGAGGAGCAACUGCAGAAACAGUACAAUAGUUAUCUAGAAAAAUUCUGUAAUCUGACCUACCUGGAGCAGCUCCUGGAUGAUCAUCAACGGACAGAGCAAGAGAUGUUUGAGGUAAGGCAGCUUAGAAAUGCUCACCAAGACU